GCCGCCCGGCGCCCCAGGAGAGGGCGGCGGGCGCCCCCCGGGGAAGAUGAAGGCGGAGGGGGGCGACCACUCCAUGAUCAACCUGUCGGUGCAGCAGGUCCUGAGCCUCUGGGCCCACGGGACGGUGCUGAGGAACCUCACGGAGAUGUGGUACUGGAUCUUCCUGUGGGCUCUCUUCUCCUCUCUGUUUGUCCAUGGUGCUGCAGGAGUGUUGAUGUUUGUGAUGCUGCAGAGGCACAGGCAGGGAAGAGUCAUCUCCGUCAUUGCUGUCAGCAUUGGGUUUUUGGCUUCUGUAACUGGAGCAAUGAUUACCAGUGCCGCGGUGGCCGGCAUCUACCGAGUGGCAGGGAAGAACAUGGCCCCGCUGGAAGCGCUGGUAUGGGGCGUUGGGCAGACCGUAUUGACAUUAAUCAUCUCCUUUUCAAGGAUCCUCGCCACACUUUGAGGUUUCUGAGGGAAUGUCUUAUUUCACAUAAGGAAACAGAUGUACAGAUUCCCUGAAAUCGGCAUUGUGAAGGAGCUGUGGACCGAGCCAGUCGAAACCGAAGGAAGACAGACCUUGCGCUGUGUGGAAAGACUGCCCUCUGGCGUCCAAGUGAUUGCACUACCGCACUGCACCUUACGUGCCUCCGUCCCAGGCAAGGUGCACAAGACCCAUGUGAAGCCUCAAGAAAAAGCACCUUGUUUAGCUGCCAAUCAGGUUAACAUUGGUGUUGAAAUCAUUGUUCUUAACAAUGUUGUGUUAAGUUACAGGGACGUUUUGAGGAAUUGAUAUAUGUGCCAAACUUUUCUUUUUGACAUUGAUCAUGUGACAGUUUGCAAGUGUAGAUGUAGAUGAGUGCUGUGAACAUAUUUGACAUGAAUUCAGGUCAUGUGGUAAGAUUUUGUUUUGUAAUGCUGAAUCCCCUAUGAGUGCUAAAUAACUCAUUUAAUAUGGGAGAAAUUAUUUGGUUUUAAUGUGGAGCGUUUCUGGGAUUUAGGGCUUUUUAGGCAUUAUUAUUUAAUUUAUGUGGAAAAUAAUAGUCUUCUUAAUGGAAGAUGAGCUAAACUGUUUUAAGGAUUCAAAGUAGACCUGUAGGGUGCAUACUUUUCACUAACUGGACACCCUUUUAAUAGUUUUCCUCAUGCAUAAAUAUUUUAUUUAUGUGAAUUAAAAAACUUUAUGGGUCACACAUAUUGUCACUUAUGUGUCAUAAAAAUAUAAUUUGAAAUUUUUCUUAUGAAUUUUGUAAGAAAAAAGUCUGAAAUGCAUGUUGCAUUCUUUGACCCUUCUAAAGAAAGUUUGCCUUGUAUCUCAUGGAGAAAACAUCUUUGUCAUUAGCAGCAGUGGGAUUAUAUUACUUGUUGCAUCUGUCUUGAUUUUUGACAAAACAAUCUUUCAUUCUGGAGUAUUAACUAUACUGAAAGAGUGGCCUAAAUUAGGCUCUGGAAAUAAAAAGGCUCAUUUGUAUAUAAGUACCAAGUAAGUUAUUUAGGAAGAAUAAUAAACUCUUCUUACUUUGGA